UUUGUCGAUGUCAUAAACCGUUUUAAAUAAAAUCCAAAAGUUUUUCUCCAAAAGCAUUAUUCCAUGUGAUUUUUAUCAUUUGUUGAUCAUUCAGUGAUGUGGGAAUUUACAUACAUCUACAUUCUAACGAAUUCAUAAAAAUGUUUUACAUUCUUCGAACAAUAUAUUUAGCUCCUCUAAUUUAUUCUUUAGAAGCAAGUAGCAACUUUUACAUAGAUUCUUUAGGAAAAUAUGACUAUGAAGAUAUAUCUAAAAAUAAAGAUCCAAUAAUUUCCAGCACUGUUUCACCUUUAACUACUGCAACAGUUGAUAAAGUAAGUAGAAGACACUAUGAAAUAGUGAAUGUUUUGUGGAGGAAAACAAAAAUUUUUUUAGAUGUUGACGCUUUAACUACAAGCCAACAAUUGACACCAGCAAGUGAUCCAAGUUUAACUACAGUACUGCAUACAACAAAUCAAUGCAUAAACCAAAGUUCUGGCACGACUCCUAGUGGUAUUGAAUUUUAUUAUUUGGAUAAAUUGGAAGAAUUAAGAAAACAAAAAGUGAAAUCCAAUCAAGUAACUGAUCCACAAGGUAAAGAUCUGAAAGUUGAAAGCAAACAGCAAAAUAAAGCUGGCGACAAAUUAAAGCCUCGAAUUAUACGACGACCAAUCUUUGCCUUUCAUUUAAACAAUAAAAACAUUAAAGAAGAUAAUGUAGACUCUGCAAACUUUUAUUUAAAUUUAAAUAAAAAUUAUAGAAACCUCGACUCUAACGAAACCAAUCAAUUACGUAGUCUUAUGAACACUUCAGCAAUGAUUUCAAAUAAAAGGAUAGCCAGAAAUAACAACAACGAUUCCCAAUGGUUCAGUAUUUUUUUUAACGACCCCCUUAAUAGAUUGGUGCGAUCAAGCACAAAUAAAGCAGUAUUAACAACAGAAUCAACGACAAUAUAUGAUAGAAUAAAGUUUUUUGAAAUGUAUGACAAAAAUACUGAACCUUCGACAAGAAUCGUUGAAGAUUUACCAAACGUAAUAGCAGUAAGUUCUAAUAAUGAUUGCGAUAAUAAGACUCAAAUAGUAAACAGUGACAUUGAACAGAGUCAAAGCUUGAACAUCUUAAACAGUAUACAGAAUCCUGCGCCCUUUUUAAAGGAACCUGGUAUUUUAUUAAAGAAAAUACAAACGAUUUUAAAUGAUACAUAUAAAACGAAAACCAACGAAAAACUUUCUUUAAACGCUAAAGCUCAGUAUGAAGUUAGCACGACUUCUGCGGUAUGCAAAAGGACGCCUAAUGUUUGGUCUAAAUUUCCUUACAUAGCCGCUUACAUUUAUGAACCUUUGUCUAUUUAUUGUGACGCUGCCGCUAUAAACAGCUAUUGGUUGAUAGCGGCUGGUUCGUGCCUCGCGCGCCACCACAAGACCAAAACGGUGGCUGAACGCUCUGCUUACAUUUCCUACUGCAGUGACAAGUGGUGGGAAACAGAAUCUGUCGCGUACGUGCGACGUAGCUUGAUACAUCCGUCAUAUAGUAAUCGUGAUAAAACGCGCCGACAUCAUUAUAAUAUAGGUGCAGUACAAGUAAUAACUUCUAUGAUAAACAACUGCGUCGGAUGGUCGCCCAUAUCUCUUGUGUCGCAUAAAUUUGUUAUUAACGAAAAAGGUUUUCCUGCUACGGCUAUAGGAUGGGGUCUAGAUAGAUACAAUACAAGAUAUCUUUCCUAUCAUCUACCGAAACGCACUCUAGUGGCUUACGAAGGCUUAAUAUUCCCUAAAUCUUGCCCUAAACAAGGAGAACACAAUAAUGAAGAAUAUGAGAGAGAAUUAAAUGUCAAAAACAUAUAUUGCUUAUCACUUCCAUACAUGGGAGAUAAAAAAGAUACGUCGCACGGUAGCCUAUUACUAGUUCAAGGAAAAUUAAUGGCCCUAUCUUUGCAGAAGGGAAGAAGUAAUAGUAACGAAUCCACAGCACAAUACACAGGAGUAUGGAGGCUUGUUCCGUGGGUAGUAGAAAUAACACGAAAUUCAACCAAUGAGACAUUAACUACCAAAAUGAUAGCUUUAUAAUUGAAACUUACUUGUGAAAAUCUUUUGUAGAGAAACAUUUUGUACAUCGUUAAAAUUGUACAAUUGUUUAAUUUUGUAUUUUAUACGUUUUGGAUAUUGUUAU